CACACACACACACACACACACACACUCUGACUCUCUCUCGGUGGAGGAGGCGGACUCCUCCAUCUGCCCUGCCCGGUGACCGAGCGUCCUCCUCGGACUCCGGAUCUCAGCCACCGUCUCCCGCCGAGCAGCAGCGUCUCCGAGGCGGAUGAAGAACCGGAGGAUGGAGCGGAGCGGCACCGGAGAGGCACCGGAGGGAUCCGCGGUCUAUAUAUAGGCUCUGCCCCGGACUGCACCACCAGCAGCCCCCCGCCGCCACCUGCCCUCCCCGGUACCGGUCACUACAGCUCCCAGCAUGCUCUGCUGCUCACCUCCACAUGUUCCACACACGCUUAUUUUAGCCUCACCGCCUCCCUGCAGCGAGGAGUUCUGACUGCAGCUCUGUCAAACACACAAACAAGCACAGACUCACACAGACACACACUCUGAGUGGCUGAAGAUGAAGCGUGGGUCGAGUGUGUUGCCGCCUCCCUCUGAAGCGGCCAAACGACACACACACGACGCACGCGCUCAGUGCACGCCGGACGCCGCGGGUUCGAGUCCUUUCCCAUCAGCCACCUCUCUGUUCAGCCCUGAUGUCAGCACCAAGAUGGCGUCUGACCUCCUCAUCAGGCUGUCAGAGGCCACCCAGAAGGCCCAGAUGCAUCCUGGGAGCCGGGCGGAGGCGGAGCAGCAGGACGAGCCGGGCCUGGCGCUGUCUCCGGACGGACCCGGAGCCAGUCCAGAACCGCCGUCGCUCACCAACACUCCGGACGGAAACAACCCCACGGACACGCUGGCGUCGGACCUGCUCAGGAAGCUCGCAGAGCGUCAGGACGUCCACGGCCACGUGGUGAGACUCAAGGAAGAAGAAGAGCCAAUGGAAGUGGACGCCGUGGCCCAGAACCAACCAAUCACAGAGGAGAACCGCCAUCUGUUUACUGUUAAAACAGAAGACCAAAGUCUCUCUGGGAACAACAUGGCUCCGCAGCUGCACUCUGGAGCCAAAAUGGCAGACCAAUGUGUCCAUGGCAGCUCCAAGAUGGCGGACAGUAGCAUCUCUGGAGGCAGCCAGUUUCAGCUCAGAGUGAAACUGGAGGAUCAUGGGAUGUCUGGAGCCAAAAUGGAGGACCUUGUUCUUACUGGAGCCAAAAUGGUGGACCAUCGUCUCCAUGGCAGCUCCAAGAUGGAGGAUCAUGGGACAUCUGGAACCAAGAUGGAGUACCAUGUUCUGACUGGAGCCAAAAUGGUGGACCAUCGUCUCCAUAGCAGCUCCAAAAUGGCAGAGAGCAGCAUCUCUGGAGGCAACAAGUUUCAGGUCAGAGUGAAAGUGGAGGACCAUGUUCUGACUGGAGCCAAGAUGGAGGACCAUGUUCUGACUGGAGCCAAGAUGGAGGACGGGCUCGUAUUUAAGGCGGGGGUUGCAGAGCGAUCUUUCUCUGGAGACCAGAUGAGCAAUGGGUUCGUCUACGGGGUCAAGAUGGAGGACGAGUUCCCUUCAGGAGCCAAAAUGGAGAACCGGCUGGUCUCUGGAGCCAAGAUGGAGGAGCAGCAGCUGUUCUUCGGAGCGAAGAUGGAGGAGCAGUGCCUCAGGGCCGUGCUGUGGCAGGACAUGUCGGUGAACCUGGCCUCCACGCUGCUGCACCAGCUCUCAGAGCGAGUCAGUAAAUCCAGUAAUCAGCUGGACAGGAUGACUCCGCCCACCAGGAACAGUCCUGUGCUGAAGGUGGAGCCGCUCUGCUCUCCUCAGUCGAACCUCCAGGAUCCUCAUCAGGAAAGUCAAACCAGCAGAGACCAAAGCACAGGAUGCUCUUAUUUCUACAGGUGUCACGUGUGUGGCUUUGAGACAGACGGCCACGCCCUCUUCCAGAGUCACAUGACGGAGCACCGCCAAUGGGAGCGCGGCUCCUUCUCGCUGCACUGCUGCGUGUGCGACCUCUCGACCAAUCAGGAGGCAGAGAUGAGGGCUCACGUCCACACGCACUUUCAGGGCGACACGGGAGACAUCAGGUGCCACGUUGCCCUGCCUGCCGCCUCCAGCAGCACUCCUGUGGUUGCCGUGGUAACCCAGCCGCAGCAGAGCAGCUCAGAGCAUCGCUGCCGCAUCUGCCAGAGGUCGUUUCCAGGGCAACAGGAGCUGCUGGUUCACUUCCAGGGUCAUCGCCAAGGCAACCAGUACCGGUGCGACCGGUGCGGUCACCUGACCCGGACCGCCAACAAGCUGGUGGAGCACGUGCGCGUGCACACGGGCGAGCGGCCGUUCACGUGCACGCUGUGCCCGUACAGCGCCAAGCGGAGGGACAGUCUGCGUCUGCACUGCAAGGUCAAGCACGCCGCGCACGGAGCCGAAGCGCACGCCGACGUGCACACGCACCGCUCCUACGUGCACGGAGACAAUCAGCGUGCGAACAAGCAGCUGCAGCGGCUGCACACGCCACCGAGCGCGCUCAGUGCGGCCUCCUCUCUUCACCCCUCGCUGACGGAGCGAGCUGGGUGGAGGGAUUUAUCUCCGCUGCUGCCAAUCAGCACGCUGCUCACUCUGAAGCCACGCUCUUCCUCCUCCUCCUCCUCCUCUUCAUCCUCUUCAUCCUCGUCUCUGUCCAACAAACUCUCCUUCCUCGGGUAUCUUGGUCUCACAGCUUCUCUCUAAAUGCUGCUUUCUCCUCCUCCUCCUCUCCUUCUCUCCUUCUUCCUUUACUCUCUCCAUCUUUGUCUCCUUGUUUCCUUUCUUUAUGUCUUCUCCUAGCCUUAUCUCUUUUGCAUGUCUCCUCUCCUAGACUCCUUGUCUCCUUGUUUCCUCUUCUUGUGUCCUCCUUGUUUUCUCUCCUUAACUCCUUGUUUCCUCUCCUUAACUCCUUUUUUCCCCUCCUUAACUCCGUGUUUUCUCUCCUUAACUCCUUGUUUCCUCUCCUUAACUCCUUGUUUCCUCUCCUUAACUCCGUGUUUUCUCUCCUUAACUCCUUGUUUCCUCUUCUAGCCUUCUUGUUUCCUCUCCUCUUCUCCUUGUUUCCUUGUUUCUUCUCUUUAUCUCCUUGUUUCCUCUCCUCCUUGUUUCCUCUUCUUCUUAUUUCCUAUCCUCUCCUUGUUUCCUCACCUCCUCUCCUCCUCACCUCCUUAUCUUCUCUCCAUGCCUCCUUGUCUCUCCUCCAUGUUUCCUCUCCUUCUUAUCUCCUCGUCUCCUCCUCGGUCCACCCCGUGGUGGACGUGAGUCUCUGUACUGUAUUGAGUCCUUCAGCUCUCAUCAUGAGAAUGUCAAACAGCUCCUGUUCUGCUCAGCGCACUGAAAAACACUCAGAUAAGGAACGUUUUGAAUUUAUUCGACUUUUGCAUCAUGCUCGUGAUUUUUGCUGCAUUCCUGCCUGCUUUAGCCGUCAUAUAAUCACUGAACUCUGAGCUAUUUAACCGUGUGACAUAUUUAUUGCCUGUUUCUUCUGAUCCUCCAGAAACCUGCAGCUUCAAAGUCCUGUUUAAACACCACACAAAGCUCAGAAAUCAUUGCAGAAACUAAAGAAACAAAAACUGAAAACAAACAUCUGCCAGUCGUGGUGGAAGAGUUUCAAACAUUUCAUGCAAGAAAACUUUUAAGAUCACGAGUACAGCGUGUUAGCAUGCUAACACUUAUUAGCAUUAAACACAUAGAACAGCUGAGACUAAUGGGAAUGUUAAUCACAUAGCAUGUUAGCAUGCUAACAUUUGAGCUAGCUCUAAACACAUAGUGAAACCUAAGCUAAUGAGAAUGACACUAGUUUAAUGUGUUAGCAUGCUAACAUUUGUAAGCUAGCUUUAAACACAUAGUGAAACUAAGAUAAUGAGAAUGACAUUAGUUUAGUGUGUUAGCAUGCUAACAUAAGCUAGCUCUAUGCACAAAGUGAAGCUUAGGCUAAUAAGAAUGUCACUAGUUUAGCAUGAUAGCAUACUACCAUUUGUAGGCUAGUUGUAAACACGGAGUGAAGCUUAGGCAAAAGAAAAUGUCAUUAGUUUAGCAUGUUAGCAUGCUAACAUUUCAUAAUUAGAACUAAACACAAAGUGCAAUUGAGACUAUUGAGAAUGUUAUCAUUUUAUUGUGUUAGCAUGCUAAUACUCGCUAAUUAACACUGAAUAGAAAGUACAGCUGAAGCUGAUGGGACUAAUGUUAGCUUAGUGUGUUAGCUUAGUGUGUUAGCUGUUUCCCAUUUGCUACUUUUCCAACACAAAGUGAUGGAAAAUUAAAUUAGUUUUGCUUCUUAGCAUGCUACCAUUUGCUAAUUGGCGCUAAAUACAAAUUACAGCUGAUGAUGAUGUCAUUAGUUUUGAAGAUACUCAGUCGUAAACAAAAGAACGACUUUAAAGUUUGACGUAAUGAUGGCGCUUUAUGCUAAUGGGGCAUGAAUCUGUGCAAAGUUUGGUUCUGUCAAUUCAAUUAAUAUUUAUACACUGCCUGUACAAAAAAAGUAACAAAGCUAAUAGAUAAGAGUCUUCCAUUGGAUAAUUACUGCAGUGAGGAAGAAACUUCUUUAGCUCUAGCUGAUGUAGUGAGGAGCUUCUCAUUUCUUAAAUGUUUGAAGACAUAUCCUAUUAGGACUGGUUUAGGUUUGAUCCUGGUUUUAGACCUUUUAAGGGCUGGUUUAGGACUGGUUUUACAAUGUCUUGGGCUUUUUAGGAGUUGUUUAGCUUUGAUUUUUGUCCUGGUUUAAGACUUUUGAGGACUGGUUCCAGACUGUCUUAGGCAAGUCUUGGACUUUUUUUUAAUCCCAAGAACACCAAACCUACCAUCAAGCAUGGUGGUGGCAGUAUCAUGCUCUGUGGAACUGGAGCUUUCCAUAAAGUAAAAGGAAUAAUGAAGAAGGAGGAUUACCUCCACAUUCUUCAGGAAAACCUAAAACCAUCAGCAGAAGGUUGAUCUUGGACACAGUUGGAUGUUUCAACAAGAAAAUGAGCCCAAACACACAUCAGACGUGGUAAAGAAAUGGUUCCAUCAGGCUGGAAUGAAGGUUCUAGACUGGUCUCCUCAAAGUCCUGACUGAAACCCUUCAAGAACCUGAAGAACCAAGUCAGAAAGAUGACAAAUGUAUUUAUUUACUGUUUAUUUAUUACAUUUGUCAUCUUUUUGACUUGUCAGUUAAAUUGAUAGUAUGAUGAUACUGCCACCUCCAUGCCUGACGGUAGGCAUUUUUUUUCUAUCACAUUGAAUUAUUUUAGUCCUAACAGAGAAUCAUUCUUUACUUCUUGAAGGACUUUGAAGCCUAUGAGGUUUCUGGAGGACAGUGAUGAUAGUUCUAAUAUUUGUGUUGUAUAUUGAUGAUGUAUUUGUGUUUACAUAACUACACGCGGCUCCUGCGAGUCUAAAAUGUCUUAAUUUAAAGUUGCACUAUAUGUAGUUUUGCUGAGACAAAAGAAAAAAGAAGAAUCGAUUUAGAACACUUUAGCCUUUUUUGACGAAACCACAGCUGUUGAUUUGUUUUGUAAGAAGCGUUGGCCAAACAUUUUCUCUGGAGCAGCAGGUUAGCUGCUCAACCAAGUGUCAAACAUUUAUUUUUUAACUUCUGCAGUCAGGAAAAAAGAGAUUGUGCUCACAAAUGACUAGUUUAUGCUCUGAACUUAAUGUCCUGUUGUACAUUUUCCCUUCUGGCUCCCUGCAGAGGGCACCUUGUACUGGAAGAGUUUUAUUAACUCAAAUCAAAUAUUAUUAACAUCAAAAUUCACACAAGAAAUAACACUAACAGUCAAAUGUGUCACAUUUAAAAGAGAGACUCAACACCUGCAUGUAUGUUUAGUGUGUUAGCAUGCUAACAGUUGCUAAUUAGCAUUAAACACAACAUGCAGCUGUGGUUUGUGGGAAUGUUUUUAGUUUAGCAUGUUAGCAUGCUAACAUUUGCAAAUCAAAUCUAUAGAAAAUGUAUAGCCAAGACCAAUAGGAAUGUCAUUAAUUUUCCAUGGUGCCAUCCUAACACGUGCUAAUUAGCAUUAAACACAACGUACAGCUGUGGUUUGUGGGAAUGUUUUUAGUUUAGCGUGUUAACAUACUAAAAUUUGCUAAUUAGCUCUAAGCGCAUUAUACAGCUGAGGCUGAUGGGAAUGUUAUUAGUUUAGUGUGUUGACAUGUUAACAUUUGCUAAUUAGCAUUAAACACAACAUACAGCUGAGGACAUGGGAAUAUUAUUAGUGUAGCAUGCUAACAUAUUAACAUUUGUUAAUCAGCCCUGAACAAAAUGUAUCGUGAAGGCUAAUAAGAAUGUUAUUUAUUUUCUAUGUUAGCAUGCUAACAUGUGCUAAUUGACAUUAAACACAACAUACAGCUAUGGUUUGUGGGAAUGUUUUUAGUUUAGCAUAUUAACAUACUAACAUUUGCUAAUCAGCCCUAAUCAAAAUGUAUAGCCAAGGCUAAUAAGAAUGUUAUUAAUUUUCCAUGUCGGCAUGCUAACACGUGCUUAUUAGGAUUAAACACAAUGUACAGCUGAGGUCAGUGGGAAUGUUAUUAGCUUAGUGUGUUAGCAUGGUAACAUUUGCUAAUUAGCACUAAGCAUAACAUACAGCUUUGGUUUGUGGGAAUGUUUUUACUUAACCGUGUUAGCAUACCAACAUUUGCUUAUCAGCUCUAAUCAAAAUGCGUAGCCGAGGCUAAUAGGAAUGCUCUUAAUUUUCCAUGUUAGCAUGCUAACACGUGCUCAUUGGCACUAAACACAACGUAUAGCCUAGGAUUGUGAGAAUGUUAUUAGCUCAAUAUGUUAGCAUACUAAAAUUUGCUAAUUAAUUUAAAGCACAACAUACAGCUGAGGUUGGUGGAAAUGUUAUUAGCUUAGCAUGUUAACAUUUGCUAAUUAGUACUAAACACGAUGUACAGAUGAGCUGAUGAUUAAAGCUGAAAUGUCCACUAAUAAUUUGUGAUGUCACACUGGAGAACUUCUGUACAGGAACAGCUGGAUUUUGCAGAGGUGUUGAGUCGCUCUUUAAAAAUUGUGAACUUGUAGUUUCAGUGAGCGCCGCAUUACCUCUGCUGCACAAAAACGACCAACAGUGGAGCUCCUGGAACACCAGCAGAAACACUCAUCACUCAUUUCAUCCAAAGACGUCCAUAUUUUAAGGUUUUUGAUUUUAACUGUGAUGUAUUUACAGCAUGUUAUUGGUCUAAAACACCAACUCCACUGCAAACAUUUAGCUCACGUGAACUGCAGUUCUAAAGCCAGAAUUCAGUUGAAAGUUUAAUCAAAUCUUUUCUAGUUUUCUGUUGUUGUGGCUUGUUGCUCGUGUUGCAUAUUUAUGAAAUGUAAUCUGACUUGAAAAACUUCUUUCUUCUUGUGUUCGCUGCACAGCUUAGCGCCUGAGCAUGUGCAGUAGAGGUAAUGUGAUAAUCAGCAUCCUGCAUAGGGCUCCCUUUAAUGUCGCAGCUACACAGAAACCUGCACACGUGUUGUUGUUUUAGUAUGAAAUGCGUCUCCAAUCAAUGGUGCUAGACUCGGCAGAGCCUGAGAGCUGCCUGCACGACUCAUUUAACACUUUACUUUCACACAAAGAAGCAUGAAAUACUAAAAACCUCCUGCUCAUCUCUCUCUCUAAUUUCAGUUCCACUUUUUCUCUGCUGUAUCCUGUUACUGUUUGCUGCUGCAAUGAUCAAUAAAGUUUAAUUUCAUCUGA